UUUUAAAAAAUCUCAUCAAUUAAUGAUUUUCUUUUUGCUUUGUUUUUCUGUUCGAGGUCGAUCAUUAAAUUCUGGUUGUGUCGCAUUAUAGGGAGAGAGGCAAAAAGCCAGAGCUAAGCCAAAAGACAAAUUCCCACUAAUAAUAAAUCAUCCAAUCCAUUCCUUCUCCCACCCUUCUUCUUCUACUACUGCCCUUGCCCUUUUCUUCCUCUCAAUUAGUUGCUCCUCCCAACCCAUCUCUCUUUCUCCCUUUCUAUGUUCGUCAACCUUUUCCUUCUCCAUUCCCAACCAAACCGGCUACCACUUCUUCUUCUUCCCUGACACCCGAUUGGAAAUUAUUUCAUAAUACUCCAUCUCUUCAAACUCUUCUUGAUAGAUUUUGACAAUGGUGACUGGUUGGAGGCGAGCCUUCUGCACUUCCAUUCCCAAAGAGAAACUCGACACCGCCGCUUCUUCAGACAAGCAACAGCCACAUUGCAGCGGCGCCGGCAGCACUUCUAAUAGCCCCAGAAUCAGCUCCAAAUUUGGCUUCUUCUCCAACCCAUCUACUCCUCGUCUCCACUCCCAGUCUCAGCCGCCGCCGGGGCCUUCCACUCUCCGCUGCCGCACCACCGCGGCCGCCGGGUCCCCAACUUCCUCCCUGCCUAACAGCCCCAAACUCCAUUGCAAGACAGCCAAUGUUUCCUCCGCCUGCAAGCCCGCUUCAGCAAUUAACAGCCCUCGUUUCUUCAAUUUCUCCUCCAACCCUUCCUCCCCUAAAUCGCCUUCCAGCUUCUCUCUUCUCAAAUCCACCCUCCGCCUCUCCAAAAGUCGAUGCGGAAUCUGUGCACAGACCGUGAAGAGCGGGCAGGGGACGGCCAUUUUCACGGCGGAAUGUGGCCACGCCUUCCAUUUCCCCUGCGUCACUUCUCACUUCACCAAGCAACAUCUCCUCCUCUGCCCAGUCUGUAACUCGGCCUGGAAGGAGCUUCCCCUGCUCUCCGUUUAUCAAAACUCCGAAUUCCGGAUGGAAGAAACCCGUUUCGACGGCGAAUCUAAGCCUAAAAAUCUCAGGGUCUACAACGACGACGAGCCCUUGAUGUCCCCGUCGCCGGGCUCUCUGUGCAAUCCCAUCCCCGAAUUGGAAGAAACUGACCCCGAAUUAGACGACGACCACGGAUCGAGCGACGUUGAGUUCCAGGGCUUUUUCGUAAAUCCAGCUCAGGGAAGGGGCAGAAAGGAGAAUCCGAAUCAUGACCUUAAUAUCGUGGUGGGUGCGAAAAACGUGGAGGUUAGUUUGUUGCCGGAAUCUGCGUUGGUGGCGGCUGUCAGAGGCUACGAGACUCACGUGAUGGUGAUGAAAGUCAGAGCGCCACCGGCGCCCCGCGGCGCCCGCCGGGCUCCGGUGGAUUUGGUGACGGUGCUGGACGUCAGCGACAGAAUGUCCGGUACAAAAUCGCAGAUGGUGAAGAGGGCGAUGAAAUUGGUAAUAUCUUCCCUGACGAGGACGGAUCGCUUGUCCAUCGUCGCCUUCGCCGGAAGCUCCAAGCGGCUGCUGCCACUGCGGCGGAUGACGGCCAACGGGAGGAGAUCCGCCCGCCGGGUGGUGGAAUCGCUGGGAACAACCGGUCAAGGGAUGACCGUCAACGACGCGCUGAAGAAGGCCUUGAAAGUGAUCGAAGACCGCCGCGAGAAGAAUCCAGUCGCCACAAUCUUGAUCCUAUCCGACGGUCGAGAGGAUCGGACCCGCAUCACCUCGCUUCGUAAUAACCCCUCAUCGUCGCCGUUGGUUUCCUCCACGCGCUACUCUGAUUCAGGAACUCCGGUUCACUCGAUUGGCUUGGGAGACGUUACCGCGUACAAGCACGCGCCGCUGGAGGACGCCUUCUCCAAGUGUCUGGGGGGUUUGUUACGGGUCGUGGUUCAGGAUCUCAAGCUUCAGGUCGGGUUCGCUUCUGGGUCAGCACCGGCGGAGGUAGCCGCGGUCUAUUCGGUCACUGGUCCGCCCGCUGUGUUUGGACCCGGGUCGAUCCGAGUGGGGGAUCUCCACGUGGAGGAAGAGAGAGAGCUCCUCGUCGAGUUGAGAGUGCCGUCAUCUGCGUCGAGCCGGGCCCACCGCAUGUUAUCCGUCCGAUCGUCGUUUAGGGAUACUUGUUCGCAGGAGGUAAUCAACGGUAGAGAGCAGUGUCUCGUGAUACCCAGCCUGCAAGCCGUUCGAUCGAACGGCUUGCUGACUGGACGGCUGAGGAACGUUCACGUGGCCGUCCGUGGAGUCGCGGAAUCUCGGCGAUUAAUCGAGCACGGGGAUUUCUCGGGAGCGUACCACCUGCUGUCGUCGGCUCGAGCAUUGUUGAUGCAGCGGAGCGACGGCACGGCUGGGGAGUGUCUCCGGUGCGUGGACGCCGAGCUAGCCGAGUUGCAGCGCAGGAAGCCGCAGCUGAUCAGGCAGCCUCAGCAGAGAAGCGGCGGCGGUCAGCAACAAGAGGAGGUUAAGGGCGAGCCAUUAACGCCGAUGUCGGCUUGGCGAGCUGCGGAGAAAUUGGCCAAGUUAGCGAUAAUGAGGAAGCACAUGAACAGAGUCAGUGAUAUGCACGGCUUCGAGAAUGCUAGAUUUUGAAAUUUUUUGCUUAAUCGCUUUAUUUUUAUUAUUACUUUCUUUUUUCACUCCUUAGAAUUUUGUUUAGAUUGUAAUACGAAGACGAGAGUCAAGCUGUAAUGUGGAAAGAUUAGAAAUAUAUAUUGAGUAUUAUGAAAAAAAAAUUGGGAAUAUAAGAAUAGUGAUAAAUAAGAGGAAAUAAUAAAGGCAAAUUGAAAGAGAAAUGAUUAGAUGGACCCAGGAGUAGAAUAAGGACAAGCAAUACUG